AUGUCACAUCAAACUCAAAGUCGUUCAUUCAUUCAUUCAACCGUCGUUCAUCUAUCUAUCUAUCUAUCUUUAAAAGAAAAGAUGAAAGCACUGAUAUUAUUAUCAUUGCUAUCGAGUGUGAUGAGUGUCACCAUUAUUAUGGCUCAACCAGAGGUCAUUUAUACCGAAUCAACCAUUCAAAAGAACUUUGUUGUUAUGAGUGUCUAUGCAAAUAGUGCUUGUAGUGUUGGUGGUACUCCAACAGGUCUGCCUGAAAAGAUUGUUUCGUUUAUGCCAAAUACUUGUUACAACUAUCCCACGUUUAGUGUCAAUGUCUCUGUUUCAACAACCAACCAAUAUUCAUACCAAUUCUACACACUACUAGGUUGUUAUCCACAAUCUGCAAGCAGUAUAGCAAUCCCUACCAUGCCAUCAAAAUGUAUUAUCACCGAUAACACUGGUACCACCCCUUCACCUCCAUGGAUGACCUUUUACCUUGGUCCUCCACCCAUUCCAACGUUGACAGGGCUAUCAUCAAGUUUAUAUUAUGAACGUUUAUCAACUACCAUUUCUACUUGUAAUAUUACAAAUAUAAAUAAUUAUCAAAAUCAAAGAGUUGUUAUUUUACCAAAUACAUGUACUUUUAGUGAUAUGCGAUCCGGGUCUAUCAAGUCGCUAGAUGGAACAGCAUCGAGCAUUCAACUGGAUACCAAUUGUGCUGGAGGAUCACCUGUUACCUAUCAAAGUCAAUGUCCACCGACGUUGGAUGGUCAAAGGAUUAUGAGUGCCUUUAAAAAUGGGUUGAUUUCAACUUCCAAUCCAAUCCCAUCCGUUACAUCCUACACUACUGUAGGUGUGUCUAAUCUGAACUUUGGGUAUCCUUUGGGUACAACCAUUUUUGCAAAUGUGACUUGGUUGUCAUCCAAUGGAUCAUCAUGGAAUCAACAACCAGGUUACAUCUAUAAAAUGUCCGAUCAAAUGUAUUUCCCUUCUCCACACGUUAAUUUCACAGGUUACCUUUUGUUUGUUCAAAAUGGUUUAAAUUAUGUCCUCAACAAACCAAAUUCAAUUGAAUUUAAAACUUCACAAUUUCAUAUCCCUCCUUAUCCAAAAAUGAAGAGUAUUUCAACUACAUUGAUAACUACAAGAAAAAUAGAAUUUAAUUAUCAAUCAGAGGGAGGAUUUGUUGGUCAAAACUUGUAUGGAAUUGUAGUAGUAGUGUUUCCUGGUGGUGUGGUUGGUGGAGUAUAUGAUCAAUCUACUUGUCCACCAGUUGGUUGUGUACUGAAUGAUUUACCAGCUGGAUCAGGCAUCUCUAUCAAGGUAACGGUCAACAAUACGUUUGCGACUAAUUUGAUGCAGAAAGAUGUUAUGCUUGCACUGCCAAUCGAAACAUUUGAUUUUACAUUGACUAUUGUAUCAGAUACCGUCGAGAUUGGUUUCGUCUACUUGGGAUAUGGGUAUGGUCCAAGCACCAGUGGCCUCUUGAUUGAAUCUAAUGGUGUCAAGUUGGUAGACAUCUCUUCUAUCCUCACUGCCUCUUACAUCUAUUCGUACAGUUCAACUACCCCCACCAUAUUCACGGUCACUUGUAAUGGUACCAAUGAUGGAACUACUUUGAAUGCUCCAUCACAACAAUUUAUAUCAAAAGGAGAUUUUAAAUUAAAUAAUGUUACGAUUGAAUGGGUUGGUCUUACAAGAGCAAUGGUUUCAUUUGGAGCAGAGGGUUUAAACCCUAAUUAUACUUUGUAUAUUGAUUCAAUGGAUGGUUCUUCUUGGACUGAAAAGAAUUCAUUACAAUACCUCAUUACACCAUUAGUUGCUUCAACAUACUACCAGUUUGAGGCCUAUAUUGAAGACACUGUGACCACCCUCAGAACUGAUUCAAUUAUUUUCAACUUGACCACUGUUGUCAGUUACCCACCCAUUACCAACUUUACAAUCACACCUUUCCAGUGA